UGUAAUUUUUUUAAUAAUAAGUAACUGGAACGCAAAAAUUGAAAUUUUAUUGCAGUCGGGAACUUACGCUAACUCUUUGAUAACAAAUUUGAUCUUCUAUGCACUUUGUAUUCCAUGGAUCAGGAAUCGCAUUCGAAGGAGCAUUUGAAAUAGUGUUGGAGUUUAAUCACUGACAAGUUUCAUAAAAACUCCUGAAAAUGAGUAUUUUAGCUUACAAUGGAGGUGCUAUCAUAGCUAUGAAAGGCAAGAACUGUGUAGCAAUAGCUGCUGAUCGUAGAUUUGGUGUACAGGCUCAAACAAUAACAUGUGACUUUCAAAAGAUCUUUGAAAUGGGACCACAUCUGUAUCUCAGUCUUCCCGGUCUUGCUACUGAUACUCUAACAGUAAUGGAAAGGCUAAGAUUUCGAUUAAAUCUUUAUGAACUAAAGGAGAACAGAAAGAUUCAUCCUAAGACAUUUGCAUCGAUGGUCUCUAAUCUGUUGUACGAAAAACGAUUUGGACCUUAUUUCGUGGAACCUAUUGUUGCUGGAUUGGAUCCAGUUACGUUCGAGCCAUUUAUUUGUAACAUGGAUAUGAUAGGAUGUUUAAGUUUACCAGGAGAUUUCGUGGUGGGAGGAACAUGUAGAGAACAGCUUUAUGGAAUGUGUGAAUCACUUUAUGAACCAAAUUUGGAACCAGACGAUCUUUUUGAGACUAUCAGUCAAGCUUUAGUAAAUGCAUGUGAUAGAGAUGCAAUAUCUGGUUGGGGAGCUAUUGUUCACAUAAUAGAGAAAGAUAAAGUUACGACAAGGACUGUCAAAACACGAAUGGAUUAAGUUAACAACACAGACUUACAUUAUGUAUGGGUUUAUAACUUGGAAACACUUACUAAAGAAAUGUAUACUCUGUUUAAAUAAAUUAAUAAUUUUCAGUAA